CAGAAGAACUCUACUUUCUUCAGCUGUCUCUGACCUCUUUGAAAAGACUUGAUUGAUCGGUCGAUCCAAUCAGGUUCUUUAUAAGUACUCAUAGUACAUUGGUCAGCUGAGUAAUUCAGAGUAGGUAGAAAUGACACUAACAGUGUAACGCUCCGUCAGAGACGCACUGAACUGGGAUCCACAAAGCACACGCUUCAUCACAGCAGCUGUUAACCCAGCAAUCUCACAAAGUGCAGUCUUACAGGAUAUUACACUGAAUUAUUGUCCUCACAAUCCGAUCCACGGAUUUGGUUUUUCAAUAAUUGCCUCCCCUUCUGUAGCUGGGCCUAUUAAGGGAGGUGUCAUCUCUGUCUCUCCCCCACAGAGCAGCGACACAGAGGUGCUGCUCCUACUGCUGGAGCCCCACUUUGACUUUUUCCAUUUUCUUUUGUUUUAACUGAGCAGAAGGGAUGGAGCGUGGUGGGAACUCCUCGGCCAACGCAGAGCUCCUGUCUCCGACCGGCUACACCGCGCUGGCCGCCAUCAUGGGCGCCUUUUCGGCGGCCGGCAUCCUCCUCAACGUGCUGGUGAUCGUGGUGACGGCGAGGCACCGGCAGUUGAGGCAGCCGCUCAGCUACGCCCUGGUCAACCUGGCCGUGUGUGACCUGGGCUGCGCCGUGUGCGGGGGGCUGCCCACCGCGAUCACCAGCGCCAUGGGGUACUUCAGCCUGGGGCGCGCCGGGUGCGUGCUGGAGGCCUUCGCCGUGGCCUUUUUCGGCAUAGCCAGCCUGUGCACCAUCGGAGUGAUUUCCGUUGAGCGCUACGUCGUGGUGUGCUAUCCCAUGGGGGCGGUCCUCUUUCAGACCAGACACGCCGUGGCCGGGGUGGUGCUGUCCUGGGUCUGGUCCUUCGUGUGGAACACGCCGCCUCUCUUCGGCUGGGGGAGCUACGAGCUGGAGGGCGUCAAGAUCUCCUGCGCCCCGAACUGGUACAGCCGGGACCCGGGCAACAUGUCCUACAUCACCAUAUACUUCCUCCUCUGCUUCGCCGUGCCUUUCUCCGUCAUCAUGGUGUCGUACUCGCGACUCCUGUGGACGCUGCGGCAGGUGACCAAGCUGCAGGUGUCCGAUACGGGCAGCACCAACCGGGUGGAGGUGCAGGUGGCGCGCAUGAUCGUGGUGAUGGUGUUGGCCUUCCUGGUGACCUGGCUGCCGUACGCCGGCAUGGCGCUUGCUGUCAUCUUGGACUCCACGUUGCACAUCGACCCCGUCAUCGCCACCAUACCGGUUUACCUGGCUAAAAGCAGCACCGUCUACAACCCCAUCAUUUACAUCUUCAUGAACAGACAGUUCCGGGGAUACGCCGUCCCCUCGGUCCUGUGUGGGUGGAACCCGUGGGCGGAGGAACAGACGUCCGAGGAGGAGACCUCGGUCGGCUCCAUAAUGAAGAGCCAGAAAGUCUCACCUAAAGGGUCUUUACAAGAAUAG